CCCUAGCUCAUAACCUCAACUCUCCUCCGUCUGAGAAUUCAACCACAAAAUCUCGGAUGGAUUCAUCAUCUCCAACCCAUGACAAUCGAGACAGAGGUACUGAUGAGAAUGAUGAUUUGCCAGAAGCAGAAGAAUUUCUGACACCGGAUUCAACUCGCAGAGGCAAAAGGAAACAAAAACCUUCUAGUAGAGCUGCAGAGGCAGAUGCUGAUGUUGAUGGAUCUGAAAAUGAAGAGGGUACUGAACAAGACAAUGCUAAGGUCAAGAAGAUACUCCCCACACGGUCUGAAGUGUGGAAUCAUUUCACAAGGUCGCCACUCAACCGUAACAAAUGUGAUUGCAACUACUGUAAGAGGACCUUAUCUUGUCCAACCACAUCAGGGACUACAACCUUGUGGAGUCAUCUUGACAUAUGUAAAAGUUACGGUGCUUUUAAAGAUGGUCAAGAUCCAAGUCAGGGUCAGACAGUGAUUAAUAGAGAUGGUCAUUUACAGACUGCUAAAGUGACUGAGGUUAUCUUUAGAGCAGCAGUACAUCAGAUGGUUGUUAUAGGAGAGUUACCUUUGGCGUUUGUAGAGAGUGUGGCAUUUAGACACUUUUGCGACAAGGUAAACUUAUACAGGCCUCCAUCAAGAAGAACAUUAUCAAAAGACAUCGUCAAGAUGUAUGUUGAGAGGAAAGCUGCUAUGAGAGAAUGGUUUAUAACAAGCAAGCAAAGAGUUUCAAUCACAACUGACAUUUGGGUUUGUCAAGUUACAGGUGCAAGUUAUAUGGUGAUAACAGCACAUUACAUUGACAAAUCUUGGAGGUUAAAGAAGCUAAUUAUAGGAUUCAAGUCUGUGAUUGACCACAAAGGGAAAACCAUCUCCAAAACCCUUCUGUAUUGCCUUGCUGAAUGGGGAAUAGAGAGAGUAUUCUGCGUCACUGUGGACAAUGCAUCUGCAAAUACUAAUGCACUUGGUCAGUUUCAGUCUAAUUUCUCCAUUAUUUCAGAUGAUUCUUUGGUGAUGAAUGGGGAUUUUAUGCAUAUGAGAUGCGCUGGUCAUAUAAUCAACUUGAUAGUUAAGGAAGGAAUGUCUGAUUAUGCUGAUAGUGUUACUGCAGUCCGGAAUGCCAUAUCUUAUGUUAGGUCAGGGACUACUAGGCAAAAGUCAUUUGAGCUUAGGGUUGAUACUGGGAGGAUGACAAGGGGUAGUUUGCCUCUGGAUGUCAAAACAAGAUGGAAUUCAACAUACUUGAUGUUGCAGAGGGCUCUGAAAUUCAAGGGAGCAUUUGAUAGGAUGGAGAUUGAGGACAUGCCGUAUAAUGAUCAUUUCUUAGAGGUUGAGAAUGGUAAAAAAGGAUUGGACCACCAACAAGCGAUCAAUGGCGGCAAGUUGAGAGUGAAUAUAUCAGAGAAACUUCAACUGCUUUGUGCUACUAGUGAUAAUGAUCUUAAGAUUAAGGCUGAGGAAAUGUUUAAGAAGUUUGAUAAGUAUUGGGAUGGCUUGAAGAACAUUAACAAGAUGUUGGUAAUUGUUAGUGUUUUUGAUCCGAGAAAGAAAAUGCAGUUUGCAAGUAUGUGUUUUGAUGAUCUGUAUGGUGAAGGUAGUAAAACAGCUAGGGUGAUGCAAGAAUCAGUUUCAAGUAUCAUGAGGGAUAUGUAUGAGGAGUAUAGUCAGAGAUACAAGUGUGUGCAGCAACAAUCUGAUGUGACAAAUCAGAGUGCAUCUCAAUGUACUCAAGAGCAACCUAUGGGAUGUUCAUGGUCUGAUUCUACUGAUGAUGAGUUUUUUGGGUAUCAUCCUGUGGAGAGUAGGUACAAUAAUUUGCUUAAUAAGAUUGGAGUUAGAGACACAGAUGAGUUGGAUACAUAUCUUAGAGAUAAGGUUGAAAAUCCGCAGGUCAUGAUGGGUUUAGAGUUUGAUGUACUCUCUUGGUGGAAAGUCAACAGUGGCAAGUAUCCAAUCUUAUCAGAAAUGGCUCGUGAUUUGUUUGCUAUGCAGGUGUCAUCUGUUGCUUCUGAAAAGCAGUGGUUGAAACAAGACAUCGAAUCAACAUGCGUACCACCCUUAAUUGUGGCAAUGGAGUUGACAAAGCGAACCUGUCAACUGUCUUUCCCAAACAGCCAGCAAUUUCAAGCACUCGCUUACUCAUUAGAGCAACCACAUCGUUGUCCAAUUCAGUCAUGAGAGGGCAAGGCUUAUCAACAAAUUCGCCGACUUAAUAGAGCAAAACAUAUAUCGAAGAAUUGGCUAAACUUGAUGCGGUUGACGGCGGAAAGUUGUUCCAAUUGGGAAAAUUGGGGGAUAUUCCGGCCACAGCCGGUCAUUUCCGAACCUAUUGGAGUGGUUGGUCAUAUCAUCCCUUGGAAUUUUCCAAGCAUUAUAUUUGCCACGAAAGUGGCUCCAGCUAUGGCUGCUGGUCUUUUCAACGGGAUAAACAAUGGUGUUUAUAAAUGUGGAUUUGCUAGGAAACAAGAACCCUACAAUGAGGCAGUGAACCAGUUAUAUGAAGCAGUAGAUAGAUGUGAGGAAAUACUCGGAAAACAACGAUACAUCUGUGGAAACACUUUCACUGAAGCAGAUAUCCGAUUAUUCGUCACUCUCAUAAGAUUUGAUGAGGUUUACUCGGUUCACUUCAAAUGCAACAAGAGACUCUUACGGGAAUACCCGAAUAUCUUCAACUACAUAAAAGAUAUCUACCAAAUCCAGGGCAUGAGUAGCACUGUGAACAUGGAACACAUUAAGCAACAUUACUACGGGAGCCACCCUACGAUAAACCCAUUUGGGAUCAUCCCUCACGGCCCCAAUAUCGAUUACUCUUCGCUUCAUGACCGCGACAGAUUCUCCUCGUGAAAAAAAAAAUCAAACAUCAAAGGUCAUUGUGUGUGUGAAAAUGUUUCAAGUCAUGUUAUGUUCUACAUUUUGAGAAGUGAGUGUAUGUUUGGAGAUUAACCUAGUUUUUGAAACACUUUGACACAGAUCAUUUUCUUUUAUCAAAAGCUUGUUGAUAUACUUGUUGUGUUAAAGAUGAAAACGAGAGAGAGAGAGAGUGUGUGUGUAAGCAUGAUAGCUCUUAAUGACGUUUGAGUGUGAUCACACCAUUUUGAAGAUAAGUUUAAGAAAAAGAAACAUUAUCG